AUGGAAUUUUUCGAUAUUCCUCAAGAAUAUCGAGAUUGUUCAGCCAAUAACAAUGAGGAAAUAUUGAAUUUGGAGCGGAAAAAUGGGAAUCACAAUCAAAAUCAGUGAGUUUUUUUGUUUUCAACUACAUAGCAUUACUCAUUUCAAACUUUUUUUUCAGAAUUCAAAAUCAAAUACUUGACGAUCUGAUGGAAAUCAUUCAUGAAGAUGAAAAAAGAUCAGAAGAAACUUUGUGCGCAGAUCCAGAUGAUGAAUAUUUGAAGAAAACGAAUUGGCAAUUGAAUCAACCGAUUUUGGAUUGUUGUAAGCAUUUUUGGGCGGGAAAUUGGGUAAAUUCAAAUUUUUUGAAUUCGGCGGGAAAUAUUGAAAUUUUUCAAAAAUCUCCAAAUUUUCAGCUGACGAAUCAGACAUGAAUCAGUCCAAUUUCGAAAAUUCUCAAAAUUUCAACAACAAUUUUUUUGGCACAGGUGAGCUUUGCGCCGAAAUUUUACGAAUUCAAAUUAAAAAAUAUAUAUUUCUAGAACUCGAAAGUCCAAUUUAUGUGCCCAGCUUGAUUUCGCCGAAUUCAGAAUUUUCCGAAGAACUUCCAGAGGAAUUUUUGAAUCGUAAGUUCUCCCGGCAAACUUCUCAUUUGAGCACUAAUGCUUUUUUUCAGAAUAUCUUCAAAAUACCAGCAAUAAUGAAGUUUUGGACACUGGAAAUGCUUGGAAUUCGAAUGUUUUGCAAGAAAAUGGAAAAGUUUUAUAUAUUCUACAACCAAAGACGGAAUUCCACCAAGCUGAAAAUAAUUUGAAUAAUUAUUUCGAAAAUCUCGAAUUGACAUCACCAACUUCUACAAUUUCAAGCGAUAUUCCUUAUUUUCCGAUUUCCGAUUUCGAUACAAUCAAAUCCGAAUUCUCACAAAAAAUGUUAGAGAGACCCAAAAGAAAUCGAGCGAAAAAAAGUGGAAAUGGAAAAGUUGAGUCGAGAUGA